CCACUCCUUAAAUAAAGGCAAACGCUCGGUCUAGAUAUACUAUGUCUAUGGUUCCGAUUCUCCACUCGGGCACAUAAUAUGCUGUAUGCUGUGUUCCGAUUCCCCACUCGGGUGCACCCGAUAUUAUAGUAUAUGUCACGUAUACUAUAAUAUCGGAUGCACCCGGGUGGGGAAUCGGAACAGUCCAGGAGGCCAAGAUUGUUGCUUAGCAACCGUUUGAAAGAUGCAACAAAAUCUAAAAAUCACAGAUGCGUAUACAUGUCUAAUUUUAAUUUUCACAUUCUACGAUACUUUCUACAUAAGUGAUAAAUGAGUUCCUUAAAUACGAGACAAUAUAUGGCGAUUGCGAUCUUGCAAUAUGUUAUAUUGUUUUUUGAUAUUUGUGUAAAUUCAUUCGCAAGCUUUGCCAGACAGCAUCCGACAGAUUUGUUGGUACUUUAUGUGAUCCAAGAUUUUUGCCUUAUUGCAGCCCUCACCCUUCUCUUGGUGAACUUCUUUUCUACCUAUAUUUUCCAGGCAGGUUUGAUACAGCUAUUAUAUACAAGAUUCCGUAUGACAUUGAUAUUGUGUAUAAUAUAUAUGAUAUUAUCAAUAAGUUUGCAUACAUGGCAUAUUACUAUACAUUGGUCAGCACCAUUAAAACAUUAUUGGACAAAAGGAUUUCAUAUUCUUUAUUCUAUACACAGGACAGUUGCAGUGUUGUAUUAUUAUUUCUAUAAGAGAGCCUCUUUGAGAAUUGGUGAUCCAAGAUUUUACAAAGGCUCUGUCUGGGUACAAAAACAAUUGAGUAUACCAUAACUAAAAUAAAAAUUUGAAUGAUAUACAAAGAGAUUAUAAAGUGUGUGCAAUCCUAGUAAUAUAAAUGUAAGAAUACAUCUGUUUAUAUUUAAAAUUUACAUUACAUUAAUUUUAAGCUACUUGUGCAGUACCUUUGUAUUUAUAUAAAUUUAUAUAAUUACAUUACAUAGAUAAAACAAUGAAAUUGGCACGCAAUUCAUAUAUGUCAAAAUAUAUCUAAAUUACAUUCGUGUAUUAUACAUAUACAAUUAUAUUUACAUUUUUAUAUAUACUAUGUAAAAAAUUUCUAUUAUAAAGUGUCUUUAUACAUUCUUUUUUAUCUUUAAAAUCACGAGAAAAGGACAAUUUUAUAUAUUAUUGAAAAAUAAUUAUAUCUAUAUACACAUUAAUGAAAAGUAAAUAUGUCAUUAUUCUGUGAGAGAUAUUCCCUAUACUGAUUUUUACAUUGCUAUUUUCUAAUGUGUAUGUGUGUGCAUAUAUAUAUAUAUAUAUAUAUAUCCAUUUGUUUAACCAUAUAAGAUCUCAAUACCAAGUUUGAAUCACUUGUAGAACUUUUUAAUACUUAUGAUCUCUAUAUAACAUCCCGAAAUGUACAAUUUCUUGUUAAUAAGAAUGUCCAAUUACCUUUUAAGAAAAUUAAUUUAAGAAAAUAAGAAAAAAUAUAAAUUUAUUAUGAGAGAGAGAGAGAAAGAUAUGAAACUUAUUUGUUUAUUGUUGUGUACCAAUACCAAAUUUGUAUCAAUAUAAAACUUUAAAAGAGUUUAUAUCCUCUAAACGCAUACUUCUUUUUUCUUAAUAUAAAUUGUGAUAGCAUAAAUUUAUAAUAAAUUCAUAAUAAAUUUAUAAAAUUGUUUUACAUGUGCAUAAUAUAAUUGCAAACAAAUAAUUCUAAUGACAUAUGAUGCUUGUGUAAAUGAGAAAGUAUGCUUAUAGGAAAUAUUACAGUAAAUAUUAUUGGUUUUUACAAAUUGUAUAAUAAUAUACUAAUCAUAUU